AUGUGGUCGGACUGGGCCAGUGACAGGAUCGGGAAAAGACGGAUAUGCUUCUUCGGGUUUGAACUACUCUGGCUACACGCUCACGACCGUGAAUAUGAGGGUGCUAUGGCAGCUCCUGUGGCCCCACAAAUCGGUGUGCAGAAUGGAACUGGCGAGAUCCGCGACGUCGUAUUUAUAAACUGGUACAUAAUUCAGCUCAUGCGUGUUGCCCCGACGAUAUUCCCCCACUCCAAUUUCGACACGAGUCCCCCGGAGCUUGACAGAUAUGACUUUCUUCAUGCGCUCUGCACUCUUCGUUGGGCAGGCUCAAUUCGCCCGUUUGUGAGUAUCCCACAACGUCAAGUAGCACCCGCAGCUCCUGUGCUGUGGUACCGCGAACCUGGUACCGAAAGACUUGGUAUUCCACCCCCUACACCUGUCAUCCCCAUUGAAGAGGCGCCAACACUACCGGACUCCGCAAACAAGCUGGAGCCUAGGAACGCGCUUCCGGCAACCUCGGGGGGGCGACAGUAUCGGCAGGUUCGACUCUCAGUGGAGUCUGACCAAGCUGAAAAAGACAAAGAAGCCAAUAUCCAGUUCCCUAGUAUCGAUAGAUUGGUCGAGAAAUAUGCCCAGACAAUUGAACGGAGUUACGUCAGAUCCAACGCGGCCAACGAUCAGGCUCUUUUGCAGCUCGCCAGCCACUGUGCUCAAAUGGGAAACCAGAGCGCUAAGGAGACAGGCCAUGAAGAGGUUGGCCCUGACCGAGACACUGAUCCUGGAGUAAAGCACUCCGGCAAACGUUUCCAGGCUGCUCCAAAGACGCAAAUCAGCCGGUGGAAUAAUGGUGUUUCCAAAAGCAGGAUUCAGCCAUUGAAAGUUCGCAACACAGGAUCGAAUGAACGUAUCCAGGCGGUACUCAAUUCGGCAUUGGCAGAUACAUUGAAUUCGCCAGAUCGGUUGGAUGCAGUCAAGUCAAACGCAACAAUCGAGUUGGACUCGGUAAUCGAAGUUGAUUUGACCGAAGACUGA